AUGACCACAAGCCGAAUGCCAACAAAUGCAUCAUCAUCUCUUUUGGCCCAAAGGGCACUGGCUGAUAUGAAUAGUGAUGGAAAGAUGGAUCUGGUUGAAUUUUCAAUAGCUAUGAAGCUGAUAAAACUAAAACUACAGCGUCAUCAACUUCCUGCAGCACUACCACCUGUAAUGAAGCAGUCACCUGUGUCUGUUGCAGCACAAGGCUUUGGAAUAGGUGGUGUGCCUAGUAUGCCUAUGGCAAUAGUAGCCCCAGUGCCAAUGCCACCAAUUUCAGUGGUAGGAAUGUCUCCUCCUUUAGUAUCCUCUGUUCCUGCAGCUGGUGUACCACCUUUGGCCAAUGGAACUCCUGGAAUGAUGCAGCCUCUACCUGCCUUUGCCCACAGUGCAGCCACAUUGCCAAAGAGUUCUUCCUUUGGGCGCUCAGGUCCAGGAUCCCAGAAGCUGCAGAAGGCACAGUCAUUUGAUGUAGCCAAUGUUCCAUCUAUGGCUCCUGUGGACUGGGCUGUUCCUUCAUCUUCUAGGUUAAAAUACAGGCAGCUUUUCAAUAGCCAAGACAAAACAAUGAGUGGAUAUUUAACAGGACCUCAAGCAAGAACAAUCCUUAUGCAGUCAAGUUUACAUCAGACUCAGCUAGCUACAAUAUGGAAUCUUUCUGACAUUGACCAAGAUGGCAAGCUAACAGCAGAGGAGUUUAUUCUGGCUAUGCACUUAAUAGAUUUGGCUAUGUCUGGUCAGCCUUUGCCAGCUGUACUGCCUGCAGAUAUGAUCCCACCUUCAUUUCGAAGAACCCGUUCUGGAAGUGGUAUUGCUGUCAUUAGUUCAGUAUCAGUGGAUCAAAGGUUACCAGAGGAGCCAACGGAAGAAGAGCAGCAGCAGCUAGAAAAGAAGUUACGAGUCACUUUUGAAGAUAAAAAAAGAGAGAACUUUGAGCGUGGUAAUCUUGAACUGGAGAAGAGGAGGCAGGCCCUCCUAGAACAACAGCGCAAAGAGCAGGAGAGACUUGCUCAACUAGAACGUGCAGAGCAAGAACGAAAAGAAAGAGAAAGACAAGAACAAGAAAGGAAACGACAGCUUGAGCUAGAAAAACAGCUGGAAAAGCAGAGGGAGUUGGAAAGACAGAGAGAAGAAGAGCGAAGGAAAGACAUAGAAAGACGAGAGGCAGCAAAACGUGAACUUGAAAGGCAACGUCAACUUGAAUGGGAACGAAAUCGUCGACAGGAACUUUUAAAUCAAAGAAACAAAGAACAAGAAGACAUUGUUGUCUUAAAGGCCAAAAAGAAAACACUAGAAUUUGAACUAGAAGCUCUGAAUGACAAAAAACAACAGCUGGAAGGAAAGUUACAAGAUGUUCGUUUUCGUCUUUCAAGUCAGCGUCAUGAAAUUGAAACCACUAAUAAGUCCAGAGAACUGAGAAUCGCAGAAAUUACCAAUCUUCAACAGCAACUUCAGGAAUGUCAACAGCUGCUUGGCCGACUGAUCCCUGAAAAGCAGACAUUGACUGACCAGUUAAAACAAGUUCAACAGAACAGUUUGCACAGAGAUACUCUUCACACCAUUAAACGAGCUUUGGAAGCUAAAGAGAUGGCACGACAAGAUCUGAGAGCGCAACUUGAUGAAGUAGAAAAAGAAACCAGGUCUAAGUUACAAGAAAUUGACAUCUUCAAUAAUCAGCUGAAGGAACUGAGAGAAAUCUAUAAUAAACAGCAGCUUCUAAAACAGAAAGAAAUAGAGGAUCAGACACAAAAGCAGAAAGAUACAGAAUUCGAAGCUGAAAAACAAAAAGACCAGGAAAGGAAGAAGAUAACAGAGGUUGAAAAAGCAAAAGAUGUCCAACGACAAGUUCAGGAUCAGGAGAAACAGUGGCAAGACUAUGUACAUCAGGAGGAGAUUGAGCAACGACGACGGAAACUUCAGGAAGAAAACAAGCCAAAGGGGGAAGAAGCUGUUAAAGAGGAGGUGGAAGAGAAAAAGCAUGAGGAAAUGCAGGACAAAUUCAACAGACUUUUCCAGCAUCAGCCAGAACCAGUAAAACCUGUGAUUCAGUCUGGGUGGUCAAUUGCAGAAAAGUCUGCUGUAUCACCUCCUAAGCAUGAGGGUGUAAAGAUUGUGUACUACAGAGCACUUUAUCCAUUUGAAGCAAGAAGCCAUGAUGAGAUUACCAUUCAGCCUGGGGAUUUAAUCAUGGUAGAUGAAAGUCAGACAGGAGAACCUGGGUGGCUGGGUGGUGAACUGAAGGGAAAGACAGGGUGGUUUCCAGCAAAUUAUGCUGAGAAGAUCCCUGAAGGUGAGGUUCCAGUUAACUUAAAGCCAGUGUUAAGUAUGACUGUGAAGCCAACCUUAAGGCCAGCACCUACACCAGCCCCAGCACCUGCACCAGCAGUUGUACAGCCAGCCGCAACAGCAGAAUCUACUGCAUCUGCUAACAACUGGGCUGAUUUCAGUUCAACGUGGCCAGCAGUUAGUUGUGAUAAACCAGAAACGGACAACUGGGAUGCCUGGGCAACACAGCCUUCUUUAACAGUUCCCACCGCAGGUCAGCACCGGCAAAGAUCAGCAUUUACACCAGCCACUGUUACAGGGUCUUCACCUUCUCCAGUGUUGGGUCAGGGUGAAAAGGUUGAAGGACUUCAAGCACAGGCCUUGUAUCCUUGGCGAGCUAAGAAGGACAACCACCUAAAUUUUAAUAAGAAUGAUAUUAUCACAGUUCUAGAACAGCAAGAUAUGUGGUGGUUUGGAGAAGUACAAGGUCAUAAGGGCUGGUUCCCCAAGUCAUAUGUCAAGUUGAUUUCUGGACCCAUAAGGAAGUCAACCAGUGUUGAUUCAGCUUCCUCAGAAAGUCCACCUGUUUUCAAAAGAAAUAUAUCUCCAGGAGCCAAACCUGCGGGUCAGGGAGAAGAAUAUAUAGCAAUGUACACUUAUGAAAGCAGUGAACAUGGAGAUUUAACAUUCCAGCAAGGAGACAUGAUUCUGGUAACCAAGAAAGAUGGUGACUGGUGGACUGGAAUUGUGGGAGAUAAAUCUGGUGUCUUUCCUUCCAACUAUGUGAGACCUAAAGAUUGUGAGGCAACCGGACAAGCAGGGAAGACUGGAAGCUUAGGAAAGAAACCUGAAAUUGCUCAGGUUAUUGCACCUUACACUGCAACAGGCCCUGAACAGCUCACUCUUGCACCUGGCCAGCUGAUUCUGAUUAGAAGAAAAAAUCCCGGAGGAUGGUGGGAAGGGGAAUUGCAGGCACGAGGCAAGAAGCGGCAGAUAGGUUGGUUUCCUGCUAAUUAUGUAAAGCUUCUAAGUCCUGGUACCAAUAAGAGUACACCAACUGAACCACCAAAGCCUACAGCAUCUUCAGCAGUGUGCCAGGUGAUUGGUAUGUACGAUUACAUCGCUCAGAAUGAUGAUGAGCUUGCUUUCUCAAAAGGCCAGGUCUUAAAUGUACUGAACAAGGAUGAUCCUGAUUGGUGGAAAGGAGAACUUAAUGGACAAGUUGGUCUGUUUCCGUCAAACUAUGUGAAGCUUACAACGGACAUGGAUCCAAGCCAGCAAUGGUGUGCUGACUUGCAUCUUUUAGAUAUGCUGAGUCCUACAGAAAGGAAAAGACAAGGCUACAUCCAUGAGCUGAUUGUAACAGAAGAAAACUAUGUGAAUGACCUGCAGCUUGUGACAGAGGUAUUUCAGAAACCGUUGCUGGAGUCUGAUUUAUUAGCCGAGAAAGAAGUUGCCAUGAUUUUUGUGAACUGGAAGGAACUGAUUAUGUGUAAUAUCAAGCUGCUAAAGGCUCUUCGGGUUCGUAAGAAAAUGUCAGGGGAGAGGAUGCCAGUCAAGAUGAUUGGUGAUAUUCUAACAGCGCAGCUUCCACACAUGCAACCCUACAUUCGUUUCUGCAGUUGCCAACUCAAUGGAGCAGCUGUGAUACAGCAGAAAACUGAUAAAAUGCCUGAAUUCAAGGACUUUGUCAAAAGACUGGCCAUGGACCCUCGAUGUAAAGGGAUGCCACUUUCAAGUUUCUUACUGAAGCCUAUGCAAAGAGUGACACGGUAUCCCCUAAUCAUCAAAAAUAUCAUAGAAAAUACUCCCGAAAACCACCCUGAUCACAGUCACUUGAAACAAGCAAUAGAGAAAGCUGAAGAGCUCUGUUCCCAGGUGAAUGAAGGUGUCCGGGAAAAGGAAAAUUCUGAUAGACUGGAAUGGAUCCAAGCACAUGUUCAGUGUGAAGGUUUAUCAGAGCAACUUGUAUUUAAUUCUGUGACAAACUGCUUGGGACCUCGCAAAUUUUUGCACAGCGGAAAACUGUACAAAGCCAAGAGUAACAAGGAGCUGUAUGGUUUCCUCUUCAAUGACUUCCUACUCAUGACGCAAAUCAUCAAACCUUUGGGGUUUUCUGGCACAGAGAAGGUCUUCAGCCCCAAGUCUACUUUGUCAUAUAAGAUGUAUAAAACUCCUAUCUUUUUAAACGAGGUGCUGGUUAAGCUACCAACAGAUCCUUCAGGAGAUGAGCCAAUUUUUCACAUCUCUCACAUUGACAGAGUUUAUACACUGCGGGCUGAAAGUAUUAAUGAAAGGACUGCAUGGGUCCAGAAAAUUAAAGCAGCUUCUGAGCUUUAUAUUGAAACAGAAAAGAAGAAGAGAGAAAAAGCAUAUCUAGUUCGCUCUCAGAGGGCAACUGGGAUUGGAAGGCUUAUGGUAAACAUAGUCGAAGGAAUUGAGUUAAAACCUUGCAGAUCCCAUGGUAAAAGUAAUCCUUAUUGUGAAGUGACAAUGGGCUCUCAGUGUCAUAUCACCAAGACAAUCCAGGACACGCUGAAUCCCAAGUGGAACUCAAACUGCCAGUUCUUCAUCAAGGACCUUGAACAGGAUGUUUUGUGUAUUACAGUGUUUGAGAGGGACCAGUUCUCCCCAGAUGAUUUUCUGGGCCGCACAGAAAUCCGGGUAGUGGAUAUUAAAAAAGACCAGGGUUCUAAGGGACCAGUUACAAAGCGACUCCUUCUACAUGAAGUCCCAACAGGAGAAAUUGUAGUUCGCUUGGAUUUGCAGUUAUUUGAUGAACCUUAAAAGUAAAGCACUCUUUUCUGCAAGGUUAAAAAUGCUGCAUUUCAAUUCAUCAGGUAUUUGCAGAUGGUAUGUGGAAGAAAGCAUUGUUAUAUUGCCUCAGUGCUGCUUAUCCACAGCUAACAUGGAGUUUGUCUCACCUAGUCAUCUCUGAGUGUCUCAGUAUACAUCACUGAAUGCCUAGAGGCUGUCAUUUGCAAAUGGAACUUUAUGAAUGAUAUUUAUUGAGAUAGUAUCUCCAUUUACAUUGCAAUCACCAGGGACUUGAGCAUGGCUCAAAAUGGAUCCUGUGAAGGAGAACUGUGAUUGCCAAGUUGGGAAAAGUCAGGCAGGCCACUGUUGUUUGUAACAGCCACAACUCUGUACAUGGCUGCAUCACUCUCCUUUGACCAACAUGUGUCCAUGUGCGCACACACUGCAUGGAUGUGAUGUCAUGAUUUUAUAUUUUACCUACUAAUGAUUUGAUUAUAUUUAUAAUGUAAUUUAACUUACUUUAAAAUGGUCUGUGGUUUACAGACAAGCAUUCUAAACAUAACUCAUUGCUACCAGGUUAUAUAAAAUUCAGACAUGUGACAUUACCACUUAUGCCAAGACUAUACAAGCCAAAUGGGAGGCAGCAGCAAGGAGACUACUUUAGGGAUGCAUAAAGUAGAGCGCAUCCCACGUCUAGCUGUGAGUCUGGGUUAGCAGUAAUAUGGUACUUUGUUAGAUGGAGGAGUUAUGUUAUGUUUUAUGUAGAAUGUUACAGUUUCUAGAGUAGUGCCACUAUGUUGUCCUGUGAGACUUUUGUGUGCAACUGGAUGUUGUUAAUGUUGCGUAAAACUGGAAUUAGAAAAUUUGUUUUUUGAUUGUUUUAGUUUAAUGGUACUUGUAAUUAUUGUCGGGGCUGGUUCAACAUGGCAAGAGAAAUCUCAAAGUGGAUAGUCAUGACACUGAAAUGUACCUAGGCUGCGUACAGCCAAUGUUUUAUUGCAAAUGCACUUUCAAUUUACUCUGAACAGAAGAAGUCUGAGUUUCUAAAGACAAAACCUUGAUGUCAGUUUUUUUCUUUUGAAUAGCAAAAUUAUUUCCUGAACCCACCAAUAAAAUGCCAGUAUUCUGAA